AGGGACUGCAGCUCUUGCUCCUAUGUGUUGUUGUGGAGCAGCUGCAGCAGGAGGGAAAUGAUAGACAGGGCGGAGAUGUUUUACAGGGCCAGCGAUGAACUCGAGCAGUGUUUCGCAUGAGCAGUGCCGAGGCGGGCCUGACAUGCAGUGCGACAGGAGUAAUUGCGUGGGUGACGAUCGCUUCUUGGAGCGGUGAGGCGCGAGGAUGGUGUUCUAGACGACGCGCACCGUGUAAGCAGCAGACGCGGUCCCGUGAUUCGCUACCGAUGAGGUAUGACGUUGGCGCCGCCAAGAGCCGCAGGGCAGCCUGUCCACCCGCCCACUUCGCGAUACUCGCCGCCAUCUCAGAAGCGCCCGCCGAGCUUCGGCUGCGUCCCGGUUCGUUGAUCUGCCCGCUGGUCACAGCCCGUCACCCCGCUCGCCCGGGCCCCGUCCAGUCCGACACCAGGCAUUGGUCAGCUCUGCGGUCUGGCUCACCUCUCUUCCAUAAGCACUCUCUCUCCUGUACAUCACUCGACCCUCGGGUGUGGCGCUGCGCCUUUUUGGCUUUUUGGUCUUUCUCCCGCCCGCCAUGCCCCUGGCGCGGUCGGUGACAAUUUUUUUUUCAUAAUUUUUUGCCAUGCUGAAGAACCGGGUUUAGCAAAUGGAAAAGUUGAAGCUCCAUUUGCCAUACCUACCCGUCUUAAUGCGUCAUAUAGCACCACCGUACCUAGUAGAUUGUUUCGCUGCGUCCCCGCCCCCGAAGUAUGAUCUCUCUUAAGAAAUCUUACUUCCGACGG